AUGGAUUCAUUCACCGCCUCUGAUAGAAAACGUCAACGGAGCUUCUCGGAGACCAAUCCCCACAACCUCGCUACUUCAGUCGUAGACUUGGCGUUGAGGCCGACAUACAAGAGACUCCGUCUGGACGACAACUAUGUCGACCAUCUUGGCAGCCAAGCAGCGCAUGCCGAAGAGGGCUUGCGAUCUUCGUUCUCGGGCAACCUUAAUUACACUCAUUACCCUUCUAGCUCUGUCAGCGAUGCAAAUGGAAUCAAUGACAAUGGCAUGGGUUCUAGUGACUCUGAACCAGACGACCCCAGUUUGUACGGAGAACCGGAGGUGAAAGCCCUGAGCGAUCAGAUCCAGAACAGUCUUGUCAAAAGUCCGCUACAAUAUGGACGAGUUUUCCUGCCAGAAGGCGUCCUAGAUAAAUUGCUCACAAAGGACGCGUUGUUUGCAACCGCUUUACUUACCGGGCUCGACUACAAGAAGCUACAUGCGGCCCUUAACGAGUUCUUGCGGAAACCCAUUGACGACCGUUCGUUACCACUCGAUGAACAGAAACUCGACGACCUUCUGGAAAAGAAACGGGGAAAGACUCCGAUAUGGCGGACCGACGUCAACAUCAACACUUUUCUGACCAAGCAAUGGGCUUUCCUUGCGCCAACCUUUCCACCGCCACCCGGACCUCCUGUAAUGGAAGUCUGGGGACACACCGUUCUCCCAUUCAUUGACAGAAAUGAGAUCGUCGAUGAUGUGGGUGCCUUUGGGUUUGUGUAUGAAGUUACCCCCCACGAGGCAAACAUUACCGAUGUUGGCUUGAAGGGGUCGCGAAUAGCCGUCAAACGUCUCAAAUUUCAACAAUCCAAGGAUACUCCCGAACGGCGUGAAGAAGAGGUGGCGUGGAACAAAGAAGUAAAGAUACACCAUGAGAUAUCCCAAAUGAACCACCCUCACAUCAUCGAUUUCAUUUGCGCAAUUCAUGGUGUCAUUAUCGACAGGGGGCCGGAACAUUUGCUUUUGUUCCGCUGGGCUGACCAGGGCAACCUCAACUCAUUUUGGAAGAGCUACCCAAAUCCGAGAGUCUCAGCAUCCCUUGUUCAGGAAAUAAUGAUACAGUUUCAGGGACUCGCCGAAGCACUCAACAAGCUGCAUACGCCUGGAAAGAAAGGCUCUUAUCGGCAUAGUGAUAUCAAACCGGACAACAUCCUCUCGUUCAGUACGCCAGGCCGCAUGUCCUCGGACGAACACCCAGAUAUUGGCACGCUUAAAUUGUCUGACCUUGGGCUAACUAAAUAUCACGUUGAGGCUACUGGUUAUCGGCAUCAAACAAGUGCCAAGUACACAACGCACAGAUAUCAAGCACCCGAAGCUGCGACUAAUGAAGAUGGUGCAAGAUCAACGCGGUACGACAUCUGGUCAAUGGGAUGUGUCAUGCUAGAGUUCGUCAUCUGGCUACUCUACGGAAACGAUACCUUGAAGCAGUUCAACGUUCAGAUCACCACCAAAUCUAACGGGUCCUGGUUCAUGAAGAGAGGCCAAACUGCAAAACUGCACGAUACCGUGGCACAGACAAUGAACUUCAUGCUGGAAAGUGAUCCGGAGUGCCAGGACGGCACUGCUGUAGGCGAACUCAUCAGACUAGUCAGAGAAAGACUACUAGUGGUUCACCUUGGGCCGGAUACGAAGAAGCUCCAGCGGGCGGAAACUUUCAAGGGUGUCGAUAGCACGAUCAAUGACAUUCCCAGCAUUCAGGUGGAACAAAUCGAAGAUGGCUUCGUUUCACAGAGAGGGGACAUGGACACCAGGAUUGCCCAAAACCUGUCGGCAAGGGGCCGUGCCACUUCCGAAGAGCUUCUCGAUGCGAUGAAGAGGAUUGUAGCCAAUGGUAAAGGGAGUCAGCACUACUGGUGCACGGGGCAGGGUGAUCGUGCUCAGAUCACUCAAGAAUUACUGAAGCUCUUACCAAAAGAGUAUGUAUUCCCGUCAUGCACACUGUUGAUCCGAGGCUGUGAUAAUGACUCGACUAACCACAAAUAUCCCAGAUUGGCACGGUACGGGUUUCAAAUCGAAGACACCUGGGGGGCUCUCAGGAGGAACCAAGAGACCUGCGAGUUCUGCGCUCUGCGAUGGGAUUUGGAAGACACCGUCAAGAUUGGCCUGCCGGGCCUUACGGUAUCUGAAGACCAACACUUUGCACUUUUGCGAGGAUGGCUAAGAUACUGCGACACCCACCAUGAGUGCAAACCGUGGUCGAAUGCACCUCUUCCAACACGCGUCCUUGACCUUGGAACCAUGGACGAUACUACCAUCCGUCUGCGGGAGACGCAGAAGGGUGAUUCCUUCCGCUACAUCGCACUCUCCCACUGUUGGGGAAAGCAUGAGCAUUUCUUCACCACCGCAUUGAAUCGCCGAGACCACAUGAGAGGAAUCCACGUUGAUAACCUUCCCAAAACCUUUCAACAUGCGGUCAAAACCACACGUGGGCUGGGUAUUCGGUAUCUGUGGAUUGACUCCAUGUGCAUUAUCCAGGGCCCUGGCGGAGACUUUGACAAGCAAUCCGCAAAGAUGGAGGACGUGUUUAGUUCCGCCUACUGCGUGAUCGCUGCAAGCAGUGCGCGCGGACAGGGAGACGGCUUUCUCAACCCCAGGAGAAAGUGCGAUCACGUCAAGGUCGUCAAUGAAAGCGAAAAAGGGGGAGUGUAUGUCUCCCGCUUCCGUGACGAUUUCAAGGAGCACGUCCUCAACUCCCCGCUUAGUGAGCGAGGAUGGGUCUUACAAGAGCGCGCCUUGGCGAGGCGAACCAUCUAUUUCACGGAAUGGCAGACAUACUGGGAGUGCGGUGAUGGAAUUAGAUGUGAGACGCUGACACGGAUGGAUAACAAACUUAUGUCCUACCUCGGUGAUCCCAACUUCCCAUCAAAACUCUCUGGCGCUGGCAGCAACCGUGGUGAGAAAAUCCGCUUUUACGAGGACCUGUAUCGACACUACAGCCGUCUCAACCUCACCUGGAAGAAAGAUCGGCCAGUAGCCAUCGCUGCACUUGAGAAGCGCCUUCAUCGAGAUCUCAAGUCCUCCGGUGGGUUCGGCGUCUUUGACGACAGCCGCAGUCUGCUACCCCGGAGUCUCCUUUGGCAGCGCGGUGCAGAAGUUACGAGCCUCAACAAGAUCAGCUUUCCACCUGACACGCACACACGCCUACCCACCUGGUCAUGGAUGGCUUACGAUGGUGGCAUUGACUUCCUUGACCUGCCACUAGGUGAAGUGGACUGGGACGUCAGCGAGAUCCAAGGGAAUUGGACGAAACACCAAACCCUUGACAUACAACGUGGACCUCAGCAACAGGAAGCCAAGGAGAUAGAACUGAGUGCCAGAACGAGGAGGUUCAAGAUGGGAACGACGGGAUCAAAGGAGUUUGAUAUCAUAUACGACAUCCCCAACCAGGUGUCGAAGGAGACCGCACUUCUGAAGUGUGUGCUGGUUGGAAAAUUGAGGAACAAUGACGUGCCGAAAGAGAAGACUACGUACUAUGUUCUGGUUGUUGUUUUGCGGGAUAGUUCGCUGCCGACGGAGAUGUACGAAAGAGUAGGCGUCGGAAGGAUGCUUGGCGAAUACAUCGAUCUGGACAAUUCGCAGCCGGGGAAUUGGGUCAAGAUCAGGUAG